CUGGCAGGGUGAUAACAUCCAGUAACUUCCAUUCUGCGUCGUGGUUGCGAAUUGUGACUCGAGUUGGAGAUUGUAGGCGGUGCAUCCUGCCGUUAUACGGACACUUUUUUUCAGCAACAUUCAUCGCUAUAGAAAGGAGUGACUGCAAUGGCGGCAACAGACACUAAGGACGGCAGUUUCGCGAGUGACCUGAAAGUGCUUUUGGAAUCCGGCGAGGGUGCGGACGUGACCCUGGUGGUGGGUCCCUCACAAAUGCCGGCCCACAGUUUCAUUUUGUCAGCUAGGAGCCCCGUCUUUGCAGCCAUAUUGCGGAAUAACAUGAAAGAAGCCAGCAACCGCCGAAUUGAGAUAACUGAUGUGCAGGAGGAUGUGCUACACCAACUACUGUGUUUUAUGUAUACUGACACAGCUCCGGGCCUAGCGAGCGUGGCGGCCGAGUUGCUGGCUGCCUCUGAUAAGUACGACCUGCCGCUGCUCAAAAGGAAGUGCGAGGAAGAGAUGGUAAAGGGCCUGAGUGUGGACAACGCCGCCGCCACUGCGCUCCUCGCCGUGCUGCACUCCUGUUCGGGACUCGAGAGCGCCGCCGUCGACUUCCUAGCGAGACACCCGGAAGUGAUGACCUCUGACGGCUGGAUAGAUGUUUUGCGGGGCAAUCCGGAGGCUGCAGCACGAAUCUGCAGGCUGGUGGCAGCGGCAACACCGAAAAUCAGGACUUCAUCUGUGGAGCAGCCGGAGGACUCGGCCGAGAGGCUGACGGAGGCAGCUAGAACCGGCAAAUUGGACGAACUGCAGAACCUGCUGGCCGCAGGCGCACCGGUCGACGCGAAGGACGGCAGCGGAUACACCGCCCUGCACCUCGCAGUGACGAACGCCAGUGUAGACGCCGUCAAGUGUCUCCUGAAUGCGGGGGCAAAUGUCAACGCGAAGGACUCGAGUGAGCAGACACCUCUGCACGCAGCUGCAUACCGAGGUGACUUGAAGAUCAUGUGGGCACUGCUGACGGCGUCAGCGGAGGUAAAUGUUCAGGAUCGUUGGGGGAAGACGCCACUCCACUGGGCUGCUUCCACAAAUUACACCGAAGCAGUAAGAACACUGCUGCUGGCUGGAGCGGAGAAAUUUAAGCAGGAUAACAGACGCAGUUCACCUACAGACAUAGCGACAAAUUCCUGUAGAGAUCUAAUCUGGAAUUUUUAGUACGUCUUUCGAUAAAUAAGCCUUCUACUUCUGUACCACAUAAAUUUUGUGAUAAAUAUGUAAUUUACUUCUAUUUUUCCUGUUGUAUCACAGAAAGUUUCGUAAUAGAAUAUUUUACAGGAUUUCUACUCCAUUUGCAGCCAAAUAGGUAUAACCUUAGAUACACCCAUUAACUACCUUCUCUUGGAAUGAAUAAAACCCUAAUCCAAAAUAAGCUACUGUCUGUUAUCAGACAAAAUGGUAAUGAAAGAUCACGUGCUAUUUCACCCUUACACGGUUGUUCUUUUAUCUUGUCAAAAGCUGCCUCACUCCACUCCCACAUGGUACUUUCUCUUAAGAGGCUGUUCAAUCAUGGUACAUCCAGUGCCUGUGUUUGUACAUAUUUUCUAUAAUAAUUGGCUAACUGAAAAAAUGGUCUUCAUCCUUAUUUUGAUUUUGGAAAUUUUUCUAUUACAAAAACAUUGUCACUGUCAGGCAAAAUUCCCUUUUCACUUAUGCUGUAGUAAAAAAAUUAGUUGUCUUACAAAAAACUAACACUUACAUAGUUUCAGUGUCAUUCCCCCUUCCAAAUUUCUGUUUGUGCAUAAACACAUGAACUCCUGUGCACAUCAUAUUCACCUAUAUCCCCCUCCCGGACCCCUGCAGGUAACAAAUCCCUUUCAAUUUCUUUAAAUUCUAAUCCUUUUUCCUCUUUUAUUGAUGCUUCUAAUGCCCCCAAAGAAUCAACCCCCCCCCCCCCCCCCCCCAACCACCAAAUCUGGAUGCAUAAUCUGACAAAUGUCGUUCAGAACACCAGGAACUUCAUUAGCAUUACCCAUAUAAUUGUAAUAUGUUACUCUUGAUAUUUUGACUCCAAUAAGCUCACCUUGUUUUUUGACAUCUUUAUGAGUCAACACUAUUUCACUGAUUUGCUAACAGGUACAAGGUGAUUACCAUGUUCCCCUGUUCAUUCGUACCGCAGACAGCUAUAUUCGUAGUAUCAUUUUUCACUAAUUGUUCUUCCUUCACUUCAACAUAAAUCAUUCCGUCUAAGUCGUGACAAAGUAAAACAUGUUCUCGUUCUGCAUUGCCAGAAACCUCACUUUUACCAUCACUGUCUAUAAUAUUAUCAUCUGUCAGUAUCUUUUCAUUAACUUGAAUACUAACACCACAUCUCAAUAUCCUCCUUACAGUUAUUACAUAUCCUGCUAUCUUCCCCAUCUAGUACACAAUUUUCAAUCUCUGCACCUCAAACCUGAGCAGUAAUAGGUUCACAAGCCCCCUCUACAUUUUCAUCCUCCAUUAAUCUUAUAUUGAUCAUACAGGUAUACAUUCAAAUCUACAGAAGAGUGAUACGACAAACAAAAAAAAUCACCAGUGGUAACUUCAUACCAGAAUCGGCAAAUAAAAGCCAAGCAGUAUGCAAAGUCAUAAAGAAGGAAGCAUAUAAAGUUUGAUUGAUUGAUUGAUUUCUUUAUUAAUCCAUGUAACAAUUUACAUUGUGUGGAUUUCGUCAGCAAAAUCAUAUACAAUACAAUAUACCUACAAUUAUACACAUAAAAUUUGUAUUUACACACAUUUUUGAGGUAUCUUAAAUUAGUUUUAUAUCCUUGUGUAAUUUGUAAUUUUCUUAUAGUA